AUGCGCUGGACGCAGGGACAAACCCCCUGGACCCGCUUCCUGGUUCCAGGCGCCGCAAUCUCAUUGAUCGUUGUCACAUUCCUUAUCCUGGGAUCUCAAUAUUCAAGUGACUAUGCCAAAUACGCCCUGAAGAAUUCCUUGAAGACGAUCCCGCCAAACCCUCACUGUGUCUCGACAAACCACACCGACGCGGACUGGGAGUUUGAGGUUCAGCGCGAUGGGGAUAACCACGGUCUUUCGGAUGAGCAGUGUCGGAUAGCGUUUCCAAAGCUCUUUGUCGAGAUUGAGAAGACUGCAGCUCUGCGAAAGGAGAGACUGAUUACGUUCAAGGAGGUGGAUGAUGUUGUGGUUGAGGAUGGGAUGGUGCGGGCCGCGAUAUGGAAGGGAGAGCCGUAUACGUAUUCUCGAGCAAAGGCAACACUGAACUCCCUGCAUCGUGCCAUGCAGUCGUUUCCGGACCGACACAAUCUGCCCGAUAUCGAGUUUGUACUCACGGCGGAUGAUUUCAGCAAUGUUCCAGGACCUGUUUGGUCGUAUUCAAAGCGCGACGAGGACGAGAGUAUCUGGCUCAUGCCGGACUUUGGAUACUGGGCGUGGCCGGAAGUCAAGGUUGGCCCGUACAAGGAUAUCCGGAGGCGCAUUGCCGCUGUGGACGAGGGCGAAGUGCGCCCCGAUGGCUCCCUGGUCCCCAGAAUGGAAUUCAGAGAGAAGAAGAAACAGCUCGUGUGGCGCGGCAGCGUGGCGACGAACCCCGAGCUCAGGGGGAAACUGCUGAAAGCAGCGCAGGGAAGAAGCUGGGCCAGCAUACGAGUUAUCGACUGGGACAACGAGAAUGAUGUUCGGUACAACCUACUGCCGAUGGAGGAACACUGCCGGUAUAUGUUUUUGGCACAUACGGAGGGGCGCAGCUUCUCCGGCCGCGGGAAGUACCUGCUCAACUGCCGUUCGGUAGUCGUCUCGCAUAAGCUGGUCUGGCGAGAGGCCCACCACGCGGCGCUGGUUGCAUCUGGUCCCGAAGCGAACUACGUGGAGGUCGAGCGGGAUUUCUCAGACCUCGAUCGGAAGAUCAGCUUCCUCAUUGAUAAUCCUGAGAUUGCGGAACAGAUCGCCGAUAACGCGGUGAGAACAUUUCGUGAUCGAUACUUGACUCCGGCGGCGGAGUCGUGCUAUUGGAGACACUUAAUCAGACAGUACGCUGCCUCCUGCGACUUUGCGCCUGUGCUGCAUAAUUCCCAGCAGAAUGGGAAGCAGCAGGCGCGGGGGGUCCCGUUUGAAUCAUGGCUUCUCACGGGUUCUCGUGUGAAAUGA